AUGCCGAAAUCGUCGACGACGACGCCGACGCAGGUCGCCGCCGCGGACGACUCCGACGACCUGGACGUGAACGCGGACGAACUCUUCGCGAUGCUAUCGCCCGAGUUCCUCGAGUUCAAGUGCCUCGAGUUCAAGUCCGGGAAGUUCGAGCCCGACGAGACGUCGCAGCUCGCGCGGAUGUUCACGGACGUGACGCACGGCGGCAUCGCCGAGGCGCAGCGCGAGUCCGCGCUUCAUCUCGCGCAGGCGCUCAUCCGCGAGUACUCCCGGCAGCUCGACGCCGCGCUCAAUUAUACGCCGCCGUCCACGGCGGAGCUCAAGGACGCGAAGAAGCGCGCGAUCACCGCGGAGGCGGAGCUCGCGCGUCUGCGCGAGGUGGCGACGGGCAACAUCGCGGCCGCGAAGAAGGCGGAGGACGAGCUGUUCGCCGCGCGGCGCGACGCGAGCGAGGCGAAGAAUCGCGCGGAUCUCGCAGAGGCGCGCGCGAAAUCGCUGCGAUCGCGACGCGUCGAGGACCACCCGGACGCCGCGGCCGCGGCGGCGGAGUCCGCGAGGCUCGCCGAGGCGGCGCGCGACGCGGCGUCCAAGCUCGACGACGCGGAGGCGCGCGCGAGGGACGCGGAGGAGAAAAACGUUCGACUCGAGCGCGAGCUCGACGCGUCGCGCGUCGCGCUCGCCGCCGCGGAGGACGCGGCGAAGCGCGCGUCCGCGGUGUCGCCGUCGAAGCGCACGACCGAGGAAGAGUCCCUCGCGGUCGAGACCUCGGUUGCGCUCGCGGCCGCGGAGGAGGCGACGCGCGUCGCGGAAGAGGAGCGGUCGCGCGAGGCGGCUCGCGCGUCGGCGGCCGCCGCGCGCGUCGAGACGGAGCGCGAGCGCGCGGACGCGACGACCAAGGCGUUAACGGACGCGAGAGACGAGGAGGAGAAGACGCGAGUUAGGAUCGAGGAGGCGGUGGCGAAGGCGCGCGCGGAGGUGGCGGAGGCGGCGGCGAAGGCGAAGCGAGAGACGGAGAGCGCGGAGCGACGCGCGAAGGAGAUGGAAGAGAAGCUCCUCGCCGCCGCGCGCGAGAAAGCCGCGACCGCGGAGACGGCGCGUUCGGAGGGGAUCGCGGCGAUCGCGAGAGCGCGAGAGGCUGGGACCGCGUGGAAGAAAGCCGCCGCCGCGGAGGAGGCGGCGAAGCGAGCGCUCGCGGCGGAGAGCCACGGCGCGGAGGAAGCGCGGCGGCUGAGGAUCGAACUGGAAGACGCGACGAGACGCGCGGCGGCGGCGCAGCGCGAGAGAGACCUGUCGACGCGCGCCGCGGACGACCGCGAGCUCGAACGCGCGCGCGCGAAGCGCGACGCGGACGAGGCGGCGGAGAUGCUCGCGGCGGCGCGGAAGGAGAUCGAGACGCUGCGCGGCGCCGUCGCGGCGGAUCGAAUGCAACACGUCGCGCGCGAAAUGAAACUCAGACUAAAGGAGGCGCGCGCGGAAAAAGCGAGACGAGACGCCGAGGCGCGAGCGGCGGAGAUCGCGGCGGCGGAGACGGGGAUGAAGCGCAUCUCGAACCCGCUCUUCGACGACGACGCGAAGGGUCGCUCGGAGAGAGCGCGAAGAGAGCGCUCGCCGCGGCUUCCCCCCGCGAGACGCGAGAGCGUCGAGGACGCGGCGACGACUCGAACGUCCUCCGAGGCGAAAGCCUCGCGCGCGGCCGAGACGGCGGCGCGCGAGGCCCACGCGGAUCGGGACGACACGAAGACGCGCGCCGCCGCGCUCGAGGAGGCGCGCCGCCGCGAGAAGGCGGAGCGCGCCGCCGCCGAGCGCGCCGCGUCGGACGUCCUUAAGGAUCGGCGUCCACCACACGAACGGGGUCGUAUGGGAACCAGUGUGACUACUCACGCCGCCGCCGCCGUGAAAGCCGCCGACGACGCGGCCCGGGCGGCGCGCGUCGCCGAGGCCAAGCGCGCCAAGAGAGACGCCGCGGCGGAGAAGGCGGCGAAGUCGAAGGCGAUUCGCGACGCCGCGGCGGAGAAGCGCGCGGCGGCGAAGCGCGAGAUGGACGCGCGGAGACGCGGCGUCGCGGAGGACAGGGCGCGACGCGAGAGAGAGAAGAAGGAGGCGGACGCCGCGCACGCGCUUAAGAUGGCCGAAGCGAAACGGUUAAAGGCGGAAUCCGUCGCGGCGGCGCGCGCGGAGAGAGCCGCGGAGGUGAAGGAGGCGUACGCGAGCGCGGCGGCGGCGCGCGACGCCGCCGCCGCCGCGGCGGCGCGCGCGCGGAGCGCGAAAGCCGCUGGGUCCGGGUUCGCGACGACGACGACGACGACGCCGACGGGCGCGCGUGCGGCGCUGGGGGAUUCCGUUUCCGAUUCCGUUUCCGUCUCCCCCGCGGCGGUGAAUUCUGGUGCCUCGCUGCCGGAGCUCACGCCGGAGGGCGCCGCGUCGAACGGGUCGCCGCCGACGCUGACGCCGUCGACGGGGUGGGUCGUGCGAUCGUUCGAAUCUUCCCUCUCGAAUUCGCCGCUGCGGUCGGCGGGAUUCGGGAAGACGGCGCGGCGGCUCGCGCCGAAGGAUCUGAGAGCGAUGGACCGGAAGGUGAAACCGGAGGACGUCGACGCGAUGUCGUCGCGUUUCGCGGUCGCGGCACAUCUCGACGAUUAAGGUACAUUGUAGCUAGUUAGCCUCACCUUAGUCUGUACUAUUGACCCGACAAACUUCGAAG